AUGAUUCAGUGAGGGAAGGGUUAACCUCUCAGGAUCUCUUUAAAGUGAGGAGGAGGGCCUGCUGGGAACUAGCUGAGACUGGCUGAGCCCUCCCUACAAGCUACUUCCCUGUAAGAAAACCAAACUGCGCAACAAGCAAUUGCAGGAACGGGUCGCAGUUGUAAAUGAGAACUGGUUCUCAACUAGCCUGCCUAGUUAAAUAAAGAGCUGUGUAACCAAGAGUGGCCAGCAUGUCAGUGACUGUGACCAAAGGUGGAGGGGUGACUGUAUUUACAGUGAACUCUAAUGAAGGAAGCAGUUGGCCCCUGCUGUGUCAAAUACUUGGGACCUUGUGCUACAGCCCAGCAUGCUCUGUGUCACAGGGACUGAGUAGGCUCCAAGCAAGUUCCCAGUCAGCUCUGGGGACUAUACAGAUCAUGGUGGGAGUACUCACCAUUGGCUUGGGAGCGAUCCUUGUUAGCACUGAUUAUUCUAGCUCACUGCGAUGGAUUGGGGUUCCUUAUUGGCUUGGUGGUGUGUUUAUAGCAGUUGGCAUCAUGUGUAUCUUGGCUGAGAAGUUCCCCAGUCCCUGCUUGGUGGGCAUCAAUGUGUUGAUGAACCUGUCAGGUGCUGCUCUGGCCAUUACUGGAAUUGUGCUGUAUGCUGUAGACCUGGCAAACAACCAUUUCUGGUGGAUUUGCAAUGAUGACCACUACAACUGGCAAGAUGACUACUAUGGUGGCCAGGUGACAAAACCCCCCAGUGAUCCGGAGAGGGAUAGACUCUUGGCGAAAUGCAAAGAUGCCAAGCAGAUUGCACAGAUGUUGAUGAAUGCCUUGGACAUUGUGCUCAUCGUCCUUGCAGUUCUUCAGCUUUGUGUCACCAUAAGCUCUGCGGUGUUUGGUCUCAAGGCUUUGUACAAGAAUGGAAAGGAGGGAAAAGAGAACAUCCAGGACCUGGAGCAGUAUAAGCCUCUGCUGGAGGAGGUCACCACUAACCCUGCAGCUUAAAGAGCUCUGAUCUGAUAUACUUUAUUGACCACGUGGGGAAAUUUGUCAUGGACGAUUAAAGAGUGGUGCUGCUUCCACAUGGAAUACAUAAAUAAAUAGAAUCAAAUGUAUUCUACAUAAAUGGAUCAUCCUACAACCACCUCCAGACCCACACAUUUGUUGUUAUACAUACAGUAUGUUGUACAUAUAGUUCACUUACUUAAUUUACUGUAACGGCUACUGUGACUUUGCUUUGUGCAAAUGACAACUGACACUGAUUGUAUGUCUUCAUGCGUUUCGUAUUUGUCAUUUUUCCAAAACUGAAAGGACAGUUAUAAAAGGGACUAUUAAUUACUGAAUUGGCUGUUGUAUAUAUAUAUAUAUAUAUAAAAAAUAUUCUGAAUUUGGA